AUGUACACAGAUCAUCAGGGCACUGAUGAUCCGCGAUGUGCCCUGAUAAUCUGUGUAGCCCCAACAGUGCCACCUGUCAGUGUCCAUCAUUGCCAGCUGUCAGUGCUCAUCCAUGCCACCUGCCAAUGCCCGUCAGUGCCCACAUCAAUGCCACAUUUCAGUGCCUACCAGUGCACAUUAAUGCCACAUAUCAGUGCCCAACUGAGCUGCCUUUCAGUGUCACCCAUCAGUGCAAGUCAGUGCCACCUAUCAAUGACAGUCAGUGCCACCUAUCAGUGCUGCCAAUCAGUGCCACCUAUCAAUGCCAGUCAGUGCCGCCUAUCAGUGCCAUCAGUGCCGCCUAUCAGUGCCAGUCAGUGCCGCCUAUCAGUGCCAUAUAUGAGUGCUGCCUUUCAGUGCCCAUCAGUGAUACCUGUCAAUGCACAUCAGUGCCACCUACCAGUGCCUCCUCAUCAGUGCCACCUAUCAGUGUCCAUCAGUGCAGCCUAUCAGUGCCCAUCACUACAGCCUCAUUAGCGCACAUCAGUGAAGGAGAAAAAUCACUUAUUUACAACAUUUUAUAA